AUGAGUAAAUAUACCCGUUUGUUUAACGAAAACUCAGCCCCGGAAUCAGUGCAGCCAUCCAAUGUCCUCAUUUCCUCCACCCACGCCCCCCUCUCCGAGAAGGCGGCGGUCCCAAAAGAGGAUGAAUGCCCCGGAAGGCAAAAAGCAUCCCGACGGCUCGUCCGUCGACGUGGCUUGUACAGCAACGCCGCACAGACGACACCCGACAGUAUGGAAAUGCGCCCCUCGUGGGGCAUAACCCCGAGCAAUCCUGCAGAUUUGGAUCCGGCGCCGGAGGUACACCCCGCGGAACGCGUCAACCCCGACAAGUUCCCGGAAGACAACGCCGGGCCUCCUAGCAACGAUGGGGAUGAGAACGAUGCUCUGCACAGUGAUAAGGAGGAUACCCUGCACAGUGAUAAGGAGGAUGCCCUGCACAGUGAUAAGGAGGAUACCCUGCACAGUGAUAAGGAGGAUACCCUGCACAGUGAUAAGGAGGAUACCCUGCACAGUGAUAAGGAGGAUACCCUGCACAGUGAUAAGGAGGAUACCCUGCACAGUGAGGACGAUGACACAGAUGUAACGAUAACCCGGCUCUUCUCCUGUGACAUCUGCCCGCACUUCGUCUGUGCCUCACAAAGGGCCUUGGAGGCCCACGCCCUGGCACUGCACGGCGACUGUCUCCGAGACUACACGACCCUCCAGCCUCUGGUCGCGAAGCUCGCGGGGCUGUGGGGGGAGGUCCUCACGCGAAAGGCCGAGCGCGUCGGGGGGUGGGGCCGGAAGGUCUUCGACAUCGCGCGGGAGCGGGACGCGGGGCCGGAGAAGAUGGCCGAGGCCGAGCGCGCGCGAGUGCAACUCGAGAAGGUCAUCCGCUCCUGGCAUCCGAGCGCGGAGGUCUUUAUUUUCGGCAGCUCCGUUGCUUUUGCGGUGUGGGAUGGGGUGUCGGAUAUCGACUUCACAGUCAUCGAGGUGAAUGCGCUCGAGGAGGGGACUUGGCCGCCGCCGGAAAAAAACGCUGUUCGAGCCAUUACAGAGCUGCUUCGUAAGGCGGGGUUUUCGUACAGCAAUUUGGAGCCUAUUCGACAUGCACGAGUGCCAAUUAUUAAGCAUCACGCUUCUACCCCGAUUCGUGUUCCACGCGAAUCCGCAGCGAAAGGAACCCAUUCAGGGGAAGGGACGACGGAAGGUAGCGAGUGCAGCUCUUUGGAGGCUGAGGAUAUCAUCUCGCGGAGUGUGCGCUGCUCGCUCACGCAGCCCGCAUCGCAUGCAGAUCGGGCAAUGCUGGAAGGCAGCAUCCGCUCCGGGAUCGGAGCGGAAGCGGUCCAGCAAAUUUGGUGGAAUCGAACAAGCGAUAUGAUGUGCUUUACCUGCGAUACGACGACGCACGCCAUACAAGCGGUGAUGUGCAAGUUGACUUUUACUUCGCCAUCCUUGCGUGCUUGUGUGCAACCUCUUCAUGACGAAUCCCGCCCUGAGCUGUACAACGUCGACUUUGAUUUGAGCUUUCGGGCGUUGGGGAUUCGCAAUUCGGAGCUGCUUCGGCGAUAUCUUCUGAACCACCCCUGCGCGCGCCCGGGGGCGAUCGUCUUGAAGGACUGGUCGAAAACCAGCGGUGUAAACAACUCGGUGAAUGGCUAUUUGACGAGUUAUGCGAUUAACAUCAUGUGGAUCUACUUCCUCGUGCAGAAAGGUGUGGUGAAGUAUGUGGAUCCGAUUGCGGAUAUUCCUGAAUCUCUGAGGAGCUAUCAUGAAGAAUUGACAAAAAGCCCGCGCUAUCGCCCAAUGCUCGAUCCCGCCUGGAGUGCGGAGGAAAAGCUCACCUACGAACAGGAGGCCGGACGGUUGCUGAUGGAAUUCUUCCUUUACUACGCCUAUGAGUUUGACUGGGAAAAUAACGUCGUCUCGCUGAAUCGAAAAGGGAUCACGACCAAGCGAAUGCUCGAUUGGGAUUCCGAGGCUAUCGCUCCUCCCAUGGCAACCACAGGGCAUCCCAACGGGCGUCGAGGCGGCAACCCAACGCGCUAUUCCUUCUGUAUUGAGGACCCUUACGAGGAGAAUCUCAACCUUGGACGGCAUAUGGGCAUCACGAAGAGCCUUCGCGUGCGCACGGAGUUCUGCCGUGCGCUGCUUUCGCUGUGCAAGGACGGGGCGAACGAGUCCUGCGUGUUCGCGUCGACCGAUCGCCGCGCCGCGGGGGGGAAGACGAAUACCGCCUCGCUCCUCGCGGGGCCGGCGGGGGGGCUGCCGAUGAGGGUUUUAUAUCGCCUGAUGGCGGUCUGCACGCGGGAGAUGGCGCUCGCACGAGAGCAGGAGGCCUCGAACGGGCUGGCGGAGGAGGAUCUCCGACGGGCCUUUGAGUCCGCCGCCCCGAACGAGUUCCAGCUCGCGUGCAAGGCGUGGAAUUGGCAGCAGUUGAUUCAUCGGCUGGGGUGGAAACUCCACCGCGGCGUCGUCCUCCCGCGGCGGGAAAUCGGCAUCAAACGCCGCCCAACCUCGCCCAUCGGGGAGGAGGCCGCGUCUUCAAAGGAGAACUCCGCGGGGAGCCUCGCGAACGUGAUAGCGGACACCCUUUCGGACGAUUUUCUUCGCCUGAGGCCGGGGUGGGUGGCGUGGUCGACGCCGUGGGCGGCCCUUCACCUCGCGAGGAAAUCCCCAAUCGGAAGCUACACCGCGGAAUCCACAGAAAAGGAAGAUGCGGAGGAGGAGAAGACAACGACAAACCCCACGUCCGGAAAUAAUUUCGCGGUGAAAGGGCAAGCGAUUGGCGUCGGUGGAGACGGAAGCACCGGGCUGCUAAAGGGGACCCGCCCCCAUGCCGCGAGAUGGGAACCAGCGACUUCUUUGGCGCUCCCACCCUUGACGUUGGCUUUUUACCUCAAAAAGGGAUUCAAGAUGGCAAGACUAAUCCGAGGACUUCUCAGAUAA